AUGGAGGUAGCAAGAGAGAAGGGCUGGGACAGCGGCACUAGGCAGGGUACUAAUGGCUCCCCAAGCUUGGCCUCUCUGCGCUUCGCCUUAGUCCAGGCUGUGGCUGUUGGCCAGGCUUCAGUUGACUGGCUGGCGUCCAGCCCCUGUAGAGUCACUUUGGGCAGCCCCUGCCAGCAAUGUCAGCGUGCCAAAGCCUCCUCUACCAGCUUAUGCAGGUACAAGUUUAUGAUGAUGGAUCAGCUGGGUACAGACCUGCAAAUAGUGUUCAUGGAGAAUGGUGGACAACUGAAGAAGCCCACCGUGCUACAGCUGGGUGUCCACACGCUGGAUGUCCUGGAAUAUAUUCAUGACAAUGAGUACGUCCAUGCUGACAUUAAGGCUGCCAAUCUAUUAUUGGGACAUGGUGAGGUGUACCUGGCUGACUAUGGCCUUGCAUAUAGAUACUGUCCUAAUGGUGAGCAUAAAGAGUGCAAAGAGAAUCCCAAGAAAGGACACAAUGGCACUAUUAAGUAUAUAAGCAUUGAUGUUCACAAAGGAGCAAGUGAAAUAAGAAGAGGACACUUGGAGGUGUUGGGCUACUGCUUGCUUCACUGGCAGUGUGGAACUCUGCCCUGGCUCUCAUCUCUUAAGAACACAGCUGAGGUCAAGGAGGCUAAGGCCAAAUACGUUCCCCUUUUCACCACAGGUCUAGGUCUUGUGCUUUGUUGU